CACUCUUAAGUUGAUAGGAAGUCAUAAAGUGAGUUAAUAUCAGAAAGUCAAAGCGUACAUCGUCAUAGCUAUUACCUGAACAACUAUCGCACCAUUCUCCAGGCAAAGACUGAACCCUAAAGGCCACGGUUAGAUGAAAGCGAUGAACAACACAAGUUAUUUGAACACCUCUUUUGGUGGAGAAGAACCCAACGAUGAGCACAGCGCGGAAAACUUGAAAGAGGUCAAUAGGAUAAUUAUCAUCGGUGCAUACGCUUUAAUUUGUCUGUUUUCGCUGGUGGGAAACUCGCUUAUUUUACAUAUUGUGCGCACCCGUAACAGCAUUCGAAAGAACGCAUUUAACUGGCUUCUCUUCAACACGGCUGUUGCUGAUCUCUUGGAUGUGACAACUUCCACUGCCUUCUCGUUGCCAGUUUACUUUUGUGAAGAGUGCUGGAUAUCAGGAGUGGCAGGUUCCGUCCUUUGCAAGCUCACUCCUUUCUUGUCAAUCACCUCCAUCUGUGCAUCCAUCUGGACUCUCACUGUCAUUGCUGCUGACCGGUAUUUAGCUAUUGUGUGUAUCCGAAGGAGGCCAUUAUCACCUCGAUCAGUGAUGCGCUCUAUAGUCAUCGUGUGGUUGUUUGCAAGCUUGAUAUCUAGUGGUGAACUCCACAAACAUAAAUUGAUAGAGGAAGGAGGUAAAUAUAGCGUGUGCACCGUUAAAUGGCACGAAAAUGAAGAGCUCGCACAAACUUUCGAAGAAGCGGAUAUGAUCGGUAAAGUCGUCAUUGCUUAUGCAAUACCUCUUUUCAUAAUGGCGGUCUUGUACUCGUCAAUUGCCUUUUUCUUGUGGAAACAAAGACCUCCUGGAACUGUCAAUCAAGAAGCGUAUACCAGGCAAAAGAAGAAGCGCAAGGAAAUUAUAAAGAUGCUGCUUAUGGCAGUUACUGUGUUCGCCAUUUGCUGGCUUCCUGUGCAUGUCGCCCACAUGAUGUUGAUCUUUUAUAGCGACAUUUACAACAGUAUUCCCCACGUAGUCCAAGGACUGUUCUUCUGGUUUGCGCACGCCAACGCAGCAAUUCAUCCCUGGCUAUUCAUUGCCUUUAGCGAAAAUCUGCGGAGUGAAGUGAGAGGAAUCUCUCAUUACAUAAGAAAAAGAGGUCCUUUUCAGAAAACUCAGUUAAGAACCUCGUCACAGCCAAGUUUGAAUACAAAUGUUGAGUUGGCGGGCUCAAGAGAAAUUGCUCUUUCUCGAUCCCCUGUCAACAUUAGUUCAAUCAGUUUGGAUACCAGAUUAUGAAAGAGAAAGCUGGUACAUGAACGUUUCAAGAUUAUUUUGAGAGAACUUAAGUGCUCUUCAUAACAGCACAAUGGUGAGAAACAUGAAGACGUUUAAACUGAAUCGUGGUUCAACAGAAGUACCAAUUAAAAUGGUGGUUUGAAUCAGUCUGGUGUCAAUCAGUUUACACUUUAAAAAUCGUAUCGUUCCUUUUACUCUUUCUAAGAAUAAGAAUUUAAGAAUAGAUAUCGCAUUCCUAAGUACUUUAUAAGUCCUCAAAAAUCUCUCAAAAAGGCUAUUUUGUAAGAGUCAAAAUUUGUGAUGGUCUUCGAUAUGUAAAAAAAAGUGUAUGGUGUUGGUAAAUGUGAGAAAUAAAAUGGAUCCAUUG